AUGGCUAUCAAGCACAACCAGCAGAUCCCGCACAACCACUUCCGCAAGGACUGGCAGCGCCGCGUGCGCGUGCACUUCGAUCAGCCCGGCCGUAAGCAACGCCGCCGGGACGCGCGCAAGACCAAGGCCGCCGCCAUCGCACCCCGCCCGGUCGACAAGCUCCGCCCCAUCGUGCGAUGCCCGACCAUCAAGUAUAACCGCCGCGUCCGCGCCGGCCGCGGCUUCUCUCUCGCGGAGCUCAAGGCCGCCGGGAUCCCCCGCAAGCUCGCGCCCACCAUCGGCAUCUCCGUCGACCCGCGCCGGCAGAACCUGUCCGAGGAGUCGCUCAAGGCGAACGUCGAGCGCCUUCAGGAGUACAGGAAGAGGCUGAUCUUGUUCCCGCGCCGCGCGGGCCAGACCAAGAAGGGCGAUGCCUCCAAGGAGGAUAUCGAGGCUGUCAAGAGCGGCAACAUUGUGCGUCAUUUGCCGGCUGUCAAGAACACUUUUGAGGUCGAGGAGGGCGCGAUUGGCGAUUACGAGGGCGAGGAGAACGCGUAUAUGAAGCUUAGGAUUGCGCGCUCGGAUGCACGCCUUGUGGGUGUGAGGGAGAAGAGGGCGAAGGCAAAGGCUGAGGAGGCUACUGCUGCUAAGAAAUAG